AGCAGCAGGGCGGGGAUCCCCUCUGAGCACCAGCCCUGCUUGGAAGAACGGGACGGCUCUGAACUUCGAACUAACUGAGAUAGCUGCAUAGCUGUGUUCAAACUUUCAGAGAAUCCUCUCUUCUUGUCUGGUGCAUCCUCCCAGGUUAGGCCUACUUGAUAAAAGCAAGGCGCCAGCACCAGUAUCUGUAUUUUUACUGCAACACAGGGMCCAGCUCGGCUGCUGCACGUCACUAUGACUGAGACCGAUGACCAACUGAUGACUGAGUGCAGUGCAACAGUCAUSAGACCAUUACCAGAAAACACUGAGCCCACAUCGGCCGUGGAAGAGYCAAGUGGAACAACCUUCCAUCGGUUCUGCAUUAAGUUUCUCUUUAGCCAUUGGCCAGGCUACCUGGCUCUUUUGGUCAUAGGGAUCGGCUGUGUUAUUCAUGGAAUUUACCAGCCUUGCGAGGAAAAUUAUCACCCGCAAAAGGUCGCGUCCCGCAUGAUGCUCUGCUACUUCUUUGGGGAGCUGGUAAUCAGAGUGGAGGCGCUGGGCUUCUCAGGAUACCUUUCAUACAACUGGCACAGAUUCGACAUCUUUGUUAUUUGUGUAGAGCUUGUAGACUUAAUUCUUGAACUUUGUGAGAUACACCUGUCACUCUCCUAUUCAGUUUCCCCAUUGCGACUGUURAGCAGAAUUGAAGGUAAUCUUGACRGCCUCUUGGACAUUUACCGCAGUCUGCACACUUUACYRCGUSGAUGCAAAGCAAUACUGGUCAGCAUUCCUAUACAGUACGRACGGAUGAAUAGAUGGAUUUUAUAUAAUAUUUUCCUGGAAUCCGUCAGAUUUCACAUUUAAAGUGAAAGAACUACAUUUAUAUGGGA